AUGGGGAACAGCGCUUCGUCGGGCCGUGGCCACCACGAUGAGACCGUCGAUUUCGGGCAUCUUGCCCCACAGGGGAUCUACACCGGUCCUCGAGAUUGGAAUCAGGGUGCGGUCACUCAGUUCAUCGUUGAGCGCAAGCUCGCCCCAUUCUACCGCCCUCUCGAAGACUACGAGGAUUCCUGGGACGACGAACAGAUCCUCGCAGCGCGCAAGGCCCCUCCCGAGGCUGACGAAUCCGACCCUCCACGCGCCGACCCUGCCUCCAGCUCCUCGUCCAAAGGUCACAACAAGCGACCCAGCACCAUCAAGGAGACACCCCGGCACUACGAGGCUGCGAUUUAUAGAGGGGCAGUAGAAUGUCCCAUUUGUUUCUUGUAUUAUCCUUCCAACAUCAACCGCUCGCGCUGUUGUGACCAGGCGAUAUGCACCGAAUGUUUCGUCCAGAUCAAGAGGAACGAGCCCACUACCACCCACCUCGUUUCAGAGCCGGCCGCGUGCCCAUAUUGCGUUCAAGAGAACUUUGGCAUCGUCUACACGCCUCCCACCUGGCGGGCCGGACUUGGCAGCGACGGCAGCACACCACCCUCAUGGCCUGAGUCACCAAAGAACACAUCUGAUGCCGCAGGCCACUCCUCGAUGAAGCGCCGGAGAAAGAGCUUUGGAGCCAAUGAUCCUGAAGUCGUUACUGUCGACCAAAUCCAUCCCGAUUGGGAGGCGAAGCUUGCCGCCGUGCGGGCUGCGGUCGCACGCCGUGCCAACAGACGGAUUAUCAUGCGUCAAGUCGGCGACCGGCUCAUCCCUGUCGGCGUUACGAGUGGUCGCGUGCAUGCGAUGCCGGAGGAGGGCACUUCCGACGCAUCCGACGGCGACCGGGGAAGCCGACGGUCCAGGCGCAGGCAACAGCAGCAAGACCUCAACCAGUUCUUGGGCUCCAUGGGAUUGGCUGGACAGGAUUUGGAAGAGCUUAUGGUCAUGGAAGCUAUGCGGCUCUCCUUAUUGGAACACGAAGCUCAGCAGCGUAAGCAACAGGAGGAAGAGGCCAAGAAGCAGCAGGAAACUGGAGAUGCGUCAAGCGCAACGGCCCCACCGAACGAUGCCUCUUCGUCGCAGGGAGGCUCUUCGGCUACGACCCCUCCUCAGGUAGUCACCGCGUCUCAGACCACCCAGCCUGUUCAAGCACCGGCCCCUGUACCCGUGCCAAAGCCGAUCACAGACGAAGCCAGGUCGAGGUCAUCUACAUCCGCCCAGUCUACUGCAUCAUCUCCUAGCGCUUCCGGUCAUCUGACGCCUCCCGACUCUUCUACCCGUCGCCGCCAUAGUCGUAGUCGCAGCCGCAGUGGCCGGUCAACACCCACCUCGCAGUACGGAGCCAUCAGCGCCGCUGUCCUUAGCGCUGCCUCAACCGCUAGUGCGUUGGCCACUCCCGAGCCUAGAGGCGAUUCGACGGCACCGUCUAUGCCGGCCGCGGCCCCUAUUGGUCCACCUAUCGUUGCGAACACUCCCUCGUUACACUCGGACAACACCCCGCCCCCCGAGCCUACUGCUGUCCCUCAAGCGGAGAUUGUCCCCGAGGUCGUCAACACCGCAGAUGAUCAGCUCGGCAUUGGUGAAGGCGAUGCCGUCGUGCCCACUGUUGAUUCGCCACCAACUCCCGAAGUCUUGUCCUCGCCCCCUGAGUCGACAUCCAACAAGCCGCUGCUAGAUUCACCGGGCUCGCCGUCUCCUCUGUCCAUCGUCGACGAAGACACGCCAACAACCGCUGCCGCAUCUAGCUAA